UGUGUCUGACUUCUCUCUGCCAAGUCCACCUCGAGCCUCAUCAGAGAGUUUCAAUUCUUAAGAGCCACAAACUCACAGAUCCUGUGAGUAAUCUGGAUGAUAGGAUGUGCAAAAAGCACAACAAGUUACGGUAACAGAGCUGUACUGUAGGACCGACCAGGCCUGUGUUUGUGUCUUGUGUUUUAAAACGGAUCACAAGAGUCACAAUGUGGUCUCGCUUGAGGAAGAAUACGAAGCAGAGAUGGUAAAAAAAGAUGAGGUGAUGGCAAAUCUCCAACACAUGAUACAGAUACGAUCUGAUAAGAUAGAGGAGCUUGAGAAUUCUCUUGAUGUCAGCCAGAGAGAAGCUGAGAAAGAGAUAGAAGCCAGUGUGCAGGUGUUCACUGACUUCAUUCACUCCAUUCAGAAAAGCCAGGCUGAGCUCGUUGAGGUGAUUGAGGAGAGGCACAGAGCAACAAAGAAAAAGGCUGAAGGUUUUAUGAAAGAACUGAGGAUGGAAGUGGCUGAUCUUGAAAGCAGAAGCAGCCAGCUGGAGCAGCUGUCCCGCUCUGAGGACCAUCACUGUUUUCUCCAGAACUUCUCAACCUUGCGCUCUCCUGAAAACAAGGACUGGACCGACACCAGCCUUCACAGUGACCUGUCUUUCAAGGCAGUGAGAGAAGCUGUGGCUCAGGUGAAAUGCAGAGCAGAUGUGGUUGUGGAAAAGAUUCCUGAAAUCAAAAUGAAGAGAAUGAAAGAACAUGCGGUGGACUUGACUCUUGACACUGACACGGCACACUGCUGCCUUCUCAUAAGUCAAGAUGGAAAACAAGUUGUAACUGCAGAGGAACAGAAGCUUCCCAACAAUCCGAACAGAUUUCAGUUAUAUCCAGAAGUUAUAGCAAAGGAGGGGUUCACAGGAGGAAAGUUUUACUUUGAGGUACAGGUAAAAGAAAAGCCUAAGUGGGCUGUUGGAGUGGCCAAAGAGUCUUUAGAUAGAAAGGGAGACAGAGCUCUAAUAGAUACACAUGGUUACUGGACCAUUGGGUUAGAUAAGGGCAACUAUUACGCAUUUGACAUUCUACUUGUUGAAGCCACGCUGAAAGAAAAGCCUCAAAAAGUGGGCAUCUUCGUCGACUACGAUGAAGGAGAGGUUUCUUUCUAUGAUGCAGAUUCCAAAUCACACAUCCACUCCUUCAGCGGCUACAGCUUCACAGAGAAACUUUACCCGUAUUUUUGCACUCAAAGCAACUUAAACGGACUGAACUCUGUCCCUCUCAUCAUAACACCAGUAUCUCAAACUAGCUAGUUUGUUUGUGGGUGGGAUAACUACUAAUAACAGUGAAUGAAUGCGGAAAUAAUGUCCAAACCAGGUUCAAUUUAUUGCACUCAGCAGUGCUUUAAUAUCAAAAAUACUGUUGAAUUCAUGCAUAGAUAUCUAAUCAAUGGCAUCAUUAUGUAAUGUGAAUAUUUGCAUGUAUGACACCAAUGACGCACAGAAAUACACUGAAAUUCUUUAUUACAGGGUUGAGGGUACCAAUGUCAUAGCAUAAUGUAGCUUUAAUUUGGAGAUAUAUGUAGAUAUUUAGUUGCUUUUUAAUGCACUUUCAGAUAAGGUGAGAGUGUAGCAUUCCUGAUAAUGUUUUGCCUUUUGUUUUUGUUUUCCCCCCACUUGUCUAUGAUUUAUAAGUUUAAAAGACACAUGUACAAACUCUUUGUGUUGCUGGUUUCUUGUCAUUCUUAGUAACUCAAAAUAUCAUUUUGGUGCAUUUGCCAUGUUUACCUGAAUAAACUAGUCAUCUAGA